AUGGAUUCACAAAAAAAUCAAGAAUUUCCUGUAGAAAUUAAGAAUCAUAAAACUUUAAAAGGAUAUGGACUUUAUUCUAAAAAAAGAUUUGCUGAAGGCGAAGAAAUUUUUAUAGUCAAGCCGUUGGUUGCUGUUUUAGAUGAAAAACAUAUUAAAAAUACUUGCAGCAAUUGUUUUAUAUCUGAAGAAGAUAAAGACGAUGAUAUUUUUCAUUUGAUACAAUGUAAAGGCUGUAAAAUACUUCAAUACUGUUGUCAAAAAUGUCAGAAAGAAGAUUGGGAAAUAUUUCAUCAAUAUGAGUGUACUUUUUUUUUGUCAAAAUCGCCUAAAAUUGUUCCUGGAUCUAUAAGAAUAUGUAUGAGAUUGAUUUUUUACGGACGAUGUUAUCCAUCUAGUUUAGAAUGGAAUACUAUCAUGGAUCUAGAAAGUCAUCGUUCAGAGAUCAUGUCUUCAGAAAAAGGAGAUGUAAUUUGGAUGCUGUCAAAAGGUAUACAGAAUUUUACAAAUGAAAUGAAUGAAACAUUUGUGUUGGACUUAUUUUGCAAGAUCAUGAUUAAUUCGUUUUCUCUUAUGACAUCUUCAUAUGAUACAAUUGGCACUGCAAUAGAUCCAAUCAUCUCACGAAUUAACCACUCAUGUUAUCCUAAUACUGCACUUGUUUUUGACAGAAAUACUGUAGCUCUUAGAUCACUUCAGAAAAUUUUACCUAACCAAGAAAUCACUGUUUCAUAUAUUGAUAUAUAUAAUACACAAAAAAAUCGUCAUGAUGAGCUUUUGUCACGUUAUUAUUUUUCAUGUAAGUGUACUCGCUGUAUAGUUUCUGAUGGAUUUGAAAGCUAUAUUGUUUUAAAGAAGGAAAUGACUUCGAAUACAUUUUCAUAUCUUGAAACAAUUAUUAAUCGAGCAUUAAGUGAAAAAAAUAUUUAUCUUUUUAAAGCUCUUUCUAUGCUUCAUCGCUUAAAAGGGUGGAAUUCUACAAUAUAUCCACUGAAUGAAUUACAUAGAUUUGCAUUGAACUAUUUUCUUGAUGAAAAUAAUUUUCAUAAUGCUCUUUAUCAUGGACUAUUUAUUUAUCUUGUUGGAAGUAGUGUUUACAAUCAGUAUAUAUCUAAUUUUAAUCCUCUAUAUGUUACUCAAAUCUAUCUUCUUGUUCGAUUAAUGAUUUAUCAAGCUUCUGAAAAUGACCAAAAACAAUUCAAAUGGCUAGAUACAGAAAAAAUAAUGAAAUAUGCAUACAAAUUAUUAUAUGAACUUGUUGAGUUAUCGUAUAAAUCUCAUGGAUUGUCUUCAAGAUUUUCGAAAAGAAUACAAAAAACAUUUAAAGAAACUGAUGAAGAUAUUUCUUUUUGCGAUUGGGGAAAACGCUGGCAAUUGAUAUUAAAAAAUGAUCCCAGAAAUCCUCAAAUAAAAGAAGAGUGCUCAAGGAUCGAAGAUGAUCUUUUUUUAGAAUUAAAGAAAUAUAUUGGAGAGUUAUGUAAUAGAAAUUAUGAAAAGUAA